AGUUGGGCGGCAGGCGAUGGAGCCGGGGGCGCCCUCCCAGCUUUGGUUGUGGCUGCUUUUGCUACUCCUGCCCCCGGUGCCGGGCCGCGAGAAGGAGUCAGGUUCAAAAUGGAAAGUAUUUAUUGACCAAAUUAACAGGGCUUUGGAGAAUUAUGAACCAUGUUCAAGUCCAAACUGCAGCUGUUACCACGGUGUCAUAGAAGAGGAUCUAACUCCUUUCCGAGGAGGUAUCUCCAGGAAGAUGAUGGCAGAGGUAGUCAGACGGAAGCUGGGGACCCACUAUCAGAUAAUUAAGAACAGAUUAUACCGGGAAAGUGACUGCAUGUUCCCCUCAAGGUGUAGUGGUGUUGAACACUUUAUUUUGGAAGUUAUUGGGCGCCUCCCUGACAUGGAGAUGGUGAUCAACGUGCGAGAUUAUCCUCAGGUUCCUAAAUGGAUGGAGCCUGCCAUUCCAAUCUUCUCCUUCAGUAAGACAUCAGAGUACCACGAUAUCAUGUAUCCUGCUUGGACAUUUUGGGAAGGAGGACCCGCUGUUUGGCCAAUAUAUCCUAUGGGUCUUGGACGGUGGGACCUCUUCAGGGAAGAUCUGGUAAGGUCAGCUGCACAGUGGCCAUGGAAAAAGAAAAAUUCCACAGCAUAUUUCCGAGGAUCAAGGACAAGUCCAGAACGAGAUCCUCUCAUUCUUCUGUCUCGGAAAAACCCAAAACUUGUUGAUGCAGAGUACACCAAAAACCAGGCCUGGAAAUCUAUGAAAGAUACCUUGGGAAAGCCAGCUGCUAAGGAUGUCCAUCUUGUGGAUCACUGCAAAUACAAGUAUUUGUUUAAUUUUCGGGGUGUCGCUGCAAGUUUCCGGUUCAAACACCUCUUUUUGUGUGGUUCACUUGUUUUCCAUGUUGGUGACGAGUGGCUGGAAUUCUUCUACCCACAGCUGAAGCCAUGGGUUCACUACAUCCCAGUAAAAACAGACCUCUCCAACGUCCAGGAGCUGUUGCAGUUUGUAAAAGCAAAUGAUGAUAUAGCUCAAGAAAUUGCUGAAAGGGGAAGCCAGUUUAUUCUGAACCACUUAAAGAUGGAUGACAUCACCUGUUACUGGGAGAACCUGUUGACCGAAUACUCUAAAUUCCUGUCCUAUAACGUAACAAGAAGGAAAGGCUACGAUCAGAUUGUUCCCAAAAUUUUGAAAACUGAACUCUAG